UCUUGAUCGAUUCUACGUUUGUUUCUUUUACCGGAGCUUUAGAGGAUACGAUAAUGCAAUAUAUAAUGCUGUCGACUAGAACGAUUUUAUGGACUGCCCUAGGGCUUGUUACAUCAAUAUCUGCGAGGAAAACAUCCAUCUACAUUGAUCAGAUUCCUCAAUAUUCAAAACUACCACCAUGCGCCGAAAAUCGACUGAGCGCUAUUGUUCGUGCGCAGUCUUCAGGAUGCGGGGAUAACCAAGGUCUCACAUCGUUCAGUUGCUUCUGUCUGGAUCAAUCUACUAUGAUGGCAAGCAUAAUAUCAAAGGAUGUCCAAUCUAUGUGCGAAGCAACCAUGACGGCAAACGGGCCGGUCUCGCUUGUAACUCCACUUCCUCAAGUUAUGGAAGCUAUAGAUGUCUUCAAUUCCUACUGUGAACGAAAAACCGAAUUGUCAUUAUAUCAAGAGAAAACAUCAACGGACGGCCUCAGCGCAGUCACAGUCACCGCAACCCCAACCCCAAGCCCUACAUCGACAAUCGCAUCAUCAACUUCCCCACCCACACAAGCUCCGCAGACGCCACAACCUCCACAAGCACCUCCACCAAACCAAAAAACCGUUCCCAUAGCCGCAAUCAUCGCACCCGUAACCGUCGCCGUUGUUGCCAUCGCCGCCGCCAUCGCUCUAUUCUUCUGGCGUCGCAGACGGCGAUCUCCUCCAGAAUACGACCAACCUCAAUUAUUCGAAGUCCCGAACAAUGCGAUUCCCUAUAUCCCGAGUAAGAAAAACGAACCGGCUUUCCAAGUCACGCCAAUGGGCCACGGUCAUGAUGUUCAGACGCAACACUCAGAAUGGCAUGGUGGUGGGCAGGGGGUUUGGAGAAACGCGUCUAAUGAACGGUUUAAGUUGGAGAAUAAAGAGACGGCUGAGCCUGUUGAGCUGGAUAGUGGUGGUAAUGUGGAGUUCAAGAAGAGCGAGAAGAACGAGAAAGGUGGGUGGAUGACCAGAAGAGAGAAUGGGGCUGGUGAAAAGAAGUGA